AUGGCGUCCAGAUUGUCUGGUUUUUCAGGCAUUCAGCCCGAGAAUGUGCUAAUGGACGCGGUACAGAGGCUAUUACCUCUGCCAUCUUCAUGUCCCGAGCUUCUUGAUGUUCUUGCACACAUGGAGCAAAAUUUAUCCAUGGUGAACCAAAUGCCAUCGGAAUCAAUGAAGCAUGCAAUGCAUCCAAUAGCUGAGGCACUGAUUGCUAAAGAAGUAGCGGGAGAUCGUGAUAUGGAUGUGAACAUCUCAGUUGUAUCUUGUAUCUGUGAGAUUUUGAGAAUUAUGGCACCGGAUCCCCCUUACAAUGACAAACAGCUGCAGGAUUUUUUUGAACUGACAACAAUGACAUUUGAGAAACUAUCUUCUUCAUCUGGUGGAUGCUAUACUAGGAUGACUAAAGUUCUCAAAAUAUUUAGGAAAGCCAAAUUUCCAUUGCUGAUGUUGGACCUGAAGAUAGACAAACUAGUAGUUCAACUAUUCAGACAAUUUUUGACAGUUGCUGACUUCAAUCCCCCUGUUGUUGUACUUGAGAUGGAGAUGAUCAUGAGCAUGAUCAUGAAGGAACGUGAUGCACCCAUGGCCGAGCUUGUAGAACUCCUAGUUAUGAGUGUGAGAAAUUCUAAUCAGAUUGAUUUGCCUGUUUGUUGGCAACUUGGGGAAAAAGUUCUUAAGAACUGUGUUGCUCAACUCAAAUCACAUCUCCCGGAUUUCGUAAGCAAAAUGGGAAUUCCUCUUCAAGAUUAUUCUAACAUGGUUGCACAAAUUUGUAAUGGCAUCCACUUUGAAGAUGAAAAGAAAACCCUCUUAAUGUCCAAUGAUCCAAUAAUGUCAUCCAAGUCAAAAACAGGGGUGAAGGGAAAACGUAAGAGGAAGUGCACUUCGCCAAAGAAAAAGGCAUCGCCAUUAGAGGUUUCGUCUUCUGAAUCUUGCAUAAUUUGUGUCAAAGGCUACAAUGUGAAGAGCAACAUCGCACCGAUUCUUGAAUCCAUUUUCAUGAAACACGGUGACAUAGCAGCUGAAUGUUUAUUCAAAACAGCUUCCGUAAGGGAAUCUUUCCUACAAGUUAUUUGUGAAGUUGUCACACAACUUCAAACCAAUGAUGAAAAAACCAUAAUUUCCAAGAUGGAGGAAAUAGAGCGCCAGGUGUCAGAGGCAGAGGCAGCCAACAUUCAUGUCUCGUGGCUUCGAUCUUACUUGGAAGCCUUUUGCAAAAGGAGGGAAUCCAUGGAAAUAAAAGCAAAAACAGGGAUGCUUAAAAAAGCUGCUGAAAUGGAGGUGAGAGAGAGACGUGCAGAGCUCAUGGCUGCACAAAAACGGUUUGAAAAGUGCAUGAAAGUACUCGAUCUUGUAGAAAAGAAUCUUAAUCACAAUAUCUUGGAUUCUAAAACCGAACAAGACUUAUGGGUAAGUUCGAGCGUAUGGCUGCUAGACCACCACUCAUAUUCACAUAUUCAAGGAGGGGCAAAGCAAAUGGCUCAUGGACCCAUCAAUACCCAGAGAAUUGAAGAAGUAGAAGCGAAUUUGGAAGGGGUGAAGAACACCAUUGAAGAAUUGCAACAACUUUGCAGUCAAUUCACAACACUGACAAAAAAAAUAGAAGAGGAAUACGAAAAAUUGAGGAGGUCGUUUGAGAAUAGAGGGAAAUCACCAAUAAAUGAUGAACCUGAUUAUCACAGUGGUGAUCGACCAUCUCCCCCUCAGAAAAAUGGUCAAGGAGGAUCCAAUUAG